GAUUAUAAUAGAAAUGUCACUCGCGCUGUGAAGAUUAUAAACAUACGAACUUUACUUCGUGUUUGGGUGGUGUUUUCGAUGUGUCACAAAAUAUUUUUUUAAUUUUUCUUGAUGGGGCAGUCUAAUAGCACCGACAGCGUUAUUCCACAGACGGUGGAAAACCUUCAUGACGACAUUUGCCGACAAGCAAGAUUACUUUCUGAAAUUGCUGCGCUUUCAUACGAUGAUCUGCAAGAGUGCAUUAAACAACUGAAUCAGCUAUGCAGUCACUGUGCUGAUAGAAAUGGCAAACAGUUAUUCUUUCUUGUAAAGAAAGGGACUGACUCAACGUUAUUAUGGAAGGGAACUGUUAAAAUAUUGUGUGUAAAAUAUGACCCUUCUACAAAACAAAUCGAAGGGCAUAGGCUCUUCAGCCUCGGUGACUUUUUAAAAGUUUGCCGGUCUCUUCAGAGUCAACUGCUAGUAGCAGAGCAAAGCAGUGAUUGUGCAACCAACCAGCCAGUGACUGGAAUGGAAGUUAACAACGGCCAGCAUAAUGGCAGUACCUCUAAUACCUUUGAAAGCUCAGCAUUAAUGUCAGAGUCACAUAGUUUGCCUACUCAGAGGUUAAUUAACACAUCCAUGAUACUGGAGGAGAGAGCCACACUUACAAGUGGUGCUAAUGAUUGCUGCAUUUGUUUGGAGAGAAAACCAGAUAUAGUUUUGCCAUGCACUCACAGCUACUGUGUGGUUUGUAUAGAACAGUGGAAUGUAAAUCACAAGACAUGUCCCAUAUGUCGUGAAGCGUGUGAAAGUACUGAUGACAGUUGGGUUAUUUCUGAAGUACCAGGAGCCCAUGAAAUAAAUGAAGCAAUAUGUUCAGCUCUCAUGGGAUUACCCUCAACAUCAGGCACUCCAAAGUGAUGCCUCUGACUGUCCAGCACUAUCAUGUCAUAGUUAUGAAAUAAAAUACAGACAAAAUACACCUGCACAUCUGUUACACGUUUUAUGUGUAAGGAUGAUAGAUAUGGUUUCAUGACCAUGAAUGGUAUGGCCAGCUAGUAGAAAUGGAAUAAUUUUAACAGGUAACUCUUGUUAUAUUUGACACACAUACAAAUUUGUAAAAUCGUGUUACAGAAACCCAAAUCUGAAGUGAAAAGUAAAAUUACAAUUAAUCACUUCUGCAUAUGUAUGUACUGCAGAUCCCAAGCUAUUUGAAAAUUCUUAAAAAAAUUGUCAUGGAAAAGUGAAGAGAAACUCACUCAUUGGUGUAAAUAUUGUGAAUUUUCUGAUUAUAAAUUAUUUUGAUGUCAUACAUGUAUUGAAGAAACUACACAAGGGAUAAAAAAUUAUUCCAUUUUA